AGACAACUACAUCGACUGGUGAUGAUGAUGAUGAACUUUUUAGUCAAGAUGGCGCAAAUGUAAAAAAAGGUAACCCAAAAAAAGUUUAUACUAAAAAAUUUUUUAUAUUAAAUCUUUCUUUUUUUUUUGAUCAAAGACCCAUCAUUAAUCCAAGUUGUCUGCUUUGAGAAAUCACAUCCUUCCUCUGUUAAACUUGAACGUAAUGUGCGCAUUUCUCUUGCAAGUAUUGAUCCAAAUACUGACCCCCUUCAACAAAUAUAUGGGAUGAUCGCGAACGCUAAAUUUCCAAAGAAAUGGGGUAAAGUUGAUAGAUCUAAUAUCUAUUAUCGAACUGGAGCAUGGAAAGAUGCUCCACAUUUUGCACUGUCUGAUGAUAAUGUUAAAUUACUUUUGGAUGAAUUGUCGAAUCAAAAAAAUCAAAAGGAUCAAAAAGAUCAAAUUCAGAGGGAUCCAAAUCAGAGGGAUCCUAAUCAAAAGGAUGGGAAUGAAUUUCAAUUGAUUGUAUACACUAAACAACGUAAUGCUACUCCUGCCAUGACGAUUCAACCUAUGCAAUUUUCACCAACACCUAAUGAUGAUCCGAUGGCGUCUUCAAAUCAUGUACCUCUUACUCCUCGUAAGAGUCCACCUCGUUUGCAACAAGUCCCUGCACUUGAUUUUAGUUCAGCAGAAAGCUCGACACCUUCACCAACGUUCAUGCAACUAAAGUCGGUUACUAUUCGAUCAUCUAAUAGAGUAUAUAAGCAAAAUAUUGCUGUUACUGAUAAGACAACAUUUUCAUCACUUUUGUCUUUUGCUAUUAAGAAAACACCACCACCAGGUAAACAGUUUGUUUUACAAAGUGAGGAUGGUGAAUUGGAGUAUAUGCCAGAAGAUCCUGUUAGAAAAGUAAUUUUCGGUACCAUUCACGCGGAUGUUGUCGUGAAAAUGGAAGAUAUCAGGGAGGUUGAUUUUUCACAAUUUUAGUGAACACGUGAUUUUAUCAUAAUAAUUUAACAAAAAAAAAAAAAAAAAAAAAAAAAAAAAAAAAAAAAAGACUUAAUUUAGUGAUUAGAAAGUGAUUAAUUUUGAGGUGUGGGUGAUGAUAAUUUGAAAAAACAAGAGGAGUUAGUUAGUUUAUUGAUGGAGAUGGGAUUGGACGCAAAAUCAAACAAACAUUUUUUAAUUUUUUGAAACGAUGAUUAGUGAGAGAGUGAGAAAGAAAUAUAUAUAUAUAUUAUAUAUAUAUUUUCUUCAAAAAAAUUU